ACGUUUGUCUUGUGAAUAUGAAAAAAAUAAAAGCCAAAACUAGUUCAUUGCCGAUAUUCAAUGGCCGUAUAUCCGACUCAUCAGCAUCGAGUAACUCUUCUUUCAGUGCGUUUGCAACGAAGUCUAAAAAACGGGCCACAUUCAAUGGAAUUAUACCACCCAAAAUAUUCACAAUAUCCAACUCAUCAUCGUCAGUAAUAUCGCUUUUGAAGGAUGAGACUCAAAAUAAGAGCAGAGUUGAAGAAACUAGAAAUAUUUUUGGUGAAGCUGCGGAAAAAGGUCGUACCGUCAAAGCGUCCAAGAGCCGGAGUACUUCUUUAAAUACGGUUGGUGCUGAGCUGAACAAUUAUGAAAAGCUUAGGGUGGUGGGGCAAGGCUCGUUUGGGGUGGCUAUACUAUAUCGGCGUAAAAUUGAUAAUCACCAUAUCGUUUUUAAGCAAAUCAAUCUAACAGACUUAACACCGUCCGAACGUGAUUUGGCAAUGAACGAAGUUGAGGUGUUUUCUAAGCUCCAUCAUCCGAAUAUUAUAAGUUACCUGGGCAGCUUUAUUAGAGACAACACACUGCUGAUUGAAAUGGAGUACGCGGAUGGGGGCACUCUAGCGCAAGUAAUAGCAGAACGGCUAGUGAGGGAUUAUUUCCCCGAACGUUAUAUCAUUGCAAUAUUUGAACAAAUUUCAAGUGCCAUCAAUUAUAUGCACUCAGAAAAUAUUUUACACCGAGAUCUCAAAACGGCAAAUGUUUUUUUGAACAAGCGCGGUAUAGUGAAAAUCGGUGACUUUGGCAUCUCGAAAAUAAUGAACACUAAAGUUUUGGCGCAAACGGUGUUGGGGACACCGUAUUAUUUUAGCCCGGAAAUGUGUGAAGGCAAGGAGUAUGAUAAUAAAAGCGAUAUUUGGGCACUCGGUUGCAUUCUUGGGGAAAUGUGCUGCCUGAAAAAAAGCUUUGCUGCUUCAAACCUUUCACAAUUGGUAUCUAAAAUAAUGGCGGGCAACUAUACAGCCAUACCAGUAGGAUACUCCUCGGGCUUGCGUAGUCUACUAAGCAACCUCUUACAGGUUGAUGCUUCACGAAGACCAAAGGCCUCUGAAAUAUUAGAAUAUUGGAUUCCACUAAUAUUUAGAAAUUUGGGAAAAAAUAAGGGAUAUUCUUAUAAAGACGAUGUUUUUGCAAUGAAUUUUGUAUCAAAGUCUGGCGCUGAUAUACAGCCACCGAAAGAAACCGUGGAUUUAAGUUUCAGCGGGAAAACCGAAAAUUCCUCCCAAGCAUUGACGGAGUUCCCAACAGGAUGUACAGAAAUGAGGGAAGCGAUGAAUGCGGAAACUGCAUUGCCGAAUGAAAUAAUUUGCAAGCGAUCCGUUUUAUAUCAAUUGAAAGCAUUUGGCAGCAGCUUCAAUAUGAAUCCCAUACAGUUGCCUCCAAAAGCACGUAUACGUACAGUGGCAGCAAGUGAUUCUCAUUUUGUGGUAGUUAAUGAUGAUGGUUCGGUCUAUGCCUGGGGUGAGGGUACAAAUGGACAACUUGGCUCGUCCUCGCUCGAAUCAUGGAAACAUUACCCCAGUCGUAUGGAAAGUGUGCGCCAUCAUCACAUUAUAAGUUCCUGCGUUGGCGAUGGUUUCACUAUACUAUUAACCCAAUCCGGUAAAGUUCUCAGUUGUGGCGACAACUCCAAGUACGCAUUGGGACAUGAAGAAAACAAAAUAUUUCAUACUCCGAAAAUGGUUGCGAAAUUACAGGAUAUACAAAUAGAGAAGAUAGCAGCUGGUACAGAUCAUGCACUUGUUUUGAGCGCUGAUGGCUCCAUCUACAUUUGGGGCACCAGCGUACAAGGAGCUCUUGGCCUGGGUAAAUUGCAAACGCAGCAAAGGACUCCGCAAAAAGUGCUGUUACCGCAGAUGUGUGGCAAGGCAGAAAAAAUUUUUUGCGGUCCAAAUAUUUCGGCUGUGCUAUUCACAAAUGGAGAAUUAUACGCCUGUGGUUGUAACAAAUAUAAGAAGUUGGGAUUUAAAAAAAACGACAAAAUAACAGCAUUCAAAAAGGUACAGUUGCCGUAUAGAAUCAUCGAGGCUAGUUUCUCCUCCAUGCACACAGUAUUGUUGGUGGAAAAGGGUUUAAUAUAUACGAUGGGUCGUAAUAUUGAAGGUCAACUUGGCGCAGGACACACAAACUGUGUGGAGCAACCUAUACUAGUCGACUUCAUCAAACAUCGCACAAUUGUGAAUUGUCAAUGCAAUGAUCAAGGAACCAUUGUUACCUCUCAGGAUAACGUCAUAACAUUUUGGGGCACCAGAAACGGUAUACCAGAGUUUGGAGACUGCAAUUUCGAUGAGGGUUGCAAUCAAAACAUCAAUUCUGAAGUCGGCAACAGCACUGUGGCGUUUACAAAUUUCCUAGCCUCGGUUUACAAAUCUGAGCUACUUUUGGAACCAGUAGACCUUUUGGCAUUAUACGCAUCCAAGGAGCAAGGCCAGAAAGGUUACUAUAUUACGGUGAAUAAUGUAUAUCUUUUGGCCCACAGCGUUUUAGUGUUAGUGGAUACAACAACGCCUUUGGUGUCCUCACUAGAAGAACUGCAGUAAAUUUAAUUAAAAGUUGUGACAAUAUGAUUUUAUAUUGAGAUGU